AUGGAGGACGGUUUGUGGUUGAUUGAGCUCGAAUCGGCGCUACAGGAUGAUUGCACGGUGGACGACAUUUACGCAAUAUGCCACGGCAAGGCCCUGCCUGAAGCGUUGCGCCUCGAUGUGUGGCAAGUGUGCCUGGGAGUGCGCAACAAAACGGACCAGCUGGCACAGUUCAACGAAAUCUAUGAUUUGCCCUUCCAGGCACAGUUACGUUCGGAUUGCGAGGAGUUUGUCAGCAAGCUUGGCAAUGAGGAUGAGGACAAAGUGUCGGUGGUGUGUGAUCUCGAAUCGAUACUUACGUUUUACUGCAAAAACCGCAACCUUGUGUACGAGGCGAACAAUGGCUGGGUGGAGUUGAUGUUGCCGCUGCUCUCCUUGAAGCUGAUCCGCUCCGACACGUACAACCUGUUUGAAGCGAUCCGUGAUACGUACAUUCCAAAGGGCUGCACCAAGAACGGUACGGUGUUUAAUGUGUUUCGUCUGUUGCUGCUUUACCACGACCCGGAGCUCUGUACCAUCCUUGACACGAAGCGCAUUACGCCGGAUUGUUAUGCGAUGGGAUGGUUCCAGACGCUGUUUGCUUCCACCUGCACGCUGCCGGUCGUACUGUCCAUGUGGGAUCUGUACUUCCAGCAGUCCGAUCCAUUCCUCGUGUUCUUCCUCAGCCUGAUCGUGCUGAUCAAUCAGCGCGAUCAAAUACUGGCGAUGAAAUCAUCCUCAAAGGAGGAACUCGUCAGCUUUCUAGUCAACAUGCCCUGCAAUAUCGAGGCGGACGAUGUGCUCGAUUUCUGUUCGCUCGCCCAGUAUUACUCCGUGAAAACGCCGGCCUCUUUCAAGCGGGAUUUGCUGCAGGUGCUGUUUGGUGCACAGCGAGGAAGCAGUAAACCGGAAGGUUCGGUCGUGUCGCAAGCCCUCUGUUUGCCAGUGUCGGUAAAUGAGCUGAUUGAGAACGCUUCGAUACAGAAUCCCCAUCCGGAAGCGGUACGCUUCUUCCUGGUAGACUGCCGUCCGGCGGAACAGUACAAUUCGGGCCAUCUUUCCACAGCGUUCCAUCUGGACAGUAACCUGAUGCUGCAGGAACCGGAAGCAUUCCAAACGGCGGUGCAAGGGUUACUGCGCUCGCAGCGCAAUGCCAUCGAUGCCAAUUCCAAUGCCGGUGGAGAGCAUCUGUGCUUUCUAGGGUCCGGUCGGGAGGAGGAGGAUCAGUACACACAUAUGGUGGUGGCUUCAUUUCUACAGAAAAAUACCAAAUACGUUUCGCUGCUGACGGGUGGAUACGAAGCGAUACACGAAUAUUUCGGUGAGAGCAUGGUAGAUUGUUUGGAGGAUCACGAUCCGCUGAAGUGCUUGUUGUGCAACAAGGAGCAGGUUCGGUAUGGAGGUAAAGGAGGCGCAAAUAACAACAACCAGAAAGUCCUAAACAGUGGUGCCAACAGUGCUAGCAGCAGUGCAACGAACAGCCUCAAACGAGGCAAUCAACGAACGGGUCAUACGGCCAACAAUAAUGGCACCGCUGGCGAUCGAAAAUCAACGAUCGAUCUGUUCAGCAAACUAUCGCUAGCUAUGAAAACCAAAUCGGCCGAAGUGAAGGAAAAGCUUAUUGACUACAUUUCCAACCCCAGUGCAACCGAGCCGGGAUCGAGCCGAACCGGGAACGGUGGUGAGAAGCACGUUUCGCGGAACGAUCGUAACGGUAAGCGAUACCGAAACGUGCCACCGGUGUUCAGCAUCGGCGAAGAUCAUGAAGAGGACGAUGAGCUAAACUCAGCCGCUAGUGAGUCAUCGUCGGUGGCGCGUGGAGCUAAAACGAACUCUCAGCAACAAUCCGACCCAGGGGAGGAGAUCGUUUCGAUACAGAGCUUCUUGAAGGGUCCGGAUGUGAUACGACACUUCAAGUGUCAGGAGGUCCACCUGAACGGGUACAUGUACGACAGCUAUCUGUUGGUGACGGCGACCCACAUGAUCGUGCUGCGCGAGCUGGAAACACGUCGCGAUCGGGCUCGCAUAAUCGUGCGACGGUUGCUGCAAAGCAUCGUCAAAAUUACGGCUAAAAAACGACAUCGGGAUCUGAUCACGUUCAAAUACGGCUACCCGGAGGAGGAGAACCUUGUCAUCACGGACAUGGAUCGGUUUCUGAUACCGAACGCGAGCGAAGUGACCGAUCUGAUAUCGCGACACAUUAUAAAGCAGACGUGA